CCUUGCGAGAAUGUCUCAUAUCUACCGUCGGUGGCAAGCGCUCAAUCUACGUUUUCUUUUUCUACAGUAAACUGGGUGGUGUCCUGUCUUUUCCAGCAAUACUAGAACUGGGGUUGCAUAACGGAGGUGCUUUGUAUACCAUUGCACGCGCGGGUUUAGGGCCCAGCACGGUGCUUCACUGCAUUUGGCUGGGUAGUGGUUGUUUGUGCUUUUUAUCCCGUUUUCCCUCGUCCAUUUUCUUGUCUUUUACAGAAGUACGGCGCAAUAUCUCCCUCUCCCUGUCCCUACCGCGAUCCGUACUUGGUCAAUCUACUUGGGGAAUCACUGGAUUUUUGGGCGGCAAUCUGAUUAAACUUUUUUGUAACGCAAACGCACGCUGCGGACCAUGGGGUCUAUUUUGGAUAACUAGUUAAAUUGAAGAGCUGUUGAUGGUGUAGAAUGUCUCAUCCCGUCGUUUCACAAUUAGUUUCUCUCUUCCCACCAGCUCAGCCCGGUAUAAGGUACGAAUUGAGCAUGCUCACCGAGCGCGUCCUCAUCACCGCUCCGCCAUCUCUUCCUAAUCGGGUGGGCGUUGGACUUGAGAGUCCGGCCAACAAAGGCCAAGAAGAAACCGUUCAUGCACAACAGCAUCAUCACGCAGGGCACAGGAAAAAAAUGGCACACACACACGGGAGGGGCCACGACGCCAACGGCACUCGACAGGACUGUCAAAAGCUGCUUCCGUCUUCUUCGUCUUUCGUCUCUCUCUCUCUCUCUCUGAGAAUCCGCACUAUUGAAUUUCUCCCUCUCAACCAUGGUUCAGUACCCUGUUUUUCCCUGUUCUACGGCGCCGCUACGGACCGAUGCGAGGGUCAGAGAACAAAGGAAAUUUUUUUUUCUCUCGUUCCCUUUCUUUCGCUCCGGUCCUGGCUAGGGCCCGCCGGCUGCCUUUCGGGGAAAGGGCCAUGGCCGAGGAGAUGGGAUGGGAUGGGAAGGGGAAGGGUAGGGGAGGAGCGGGCCCGCCGCCGAGUCGGUACCCCUGGUGCAUUUUUAGGGUACCACUGUUUGUAUCAUGGAUGGGCGAGGUACGUACCGGAUGAAGGGUCAGGGAGUGGUGAUUACAAUUUGGACGCGUCUGGAAUUUGGAGGGGAGCGGUGUAGGUAGGUAAGUAGGUAGGUGAGGAGUUGGAGGGGAGAUGAGAUGCAGUGUGAAAGACCAGUGUUUCUCGACACGUCUGAGAGAAGUC